AUGUCCCUGUUUCCAUUGCUCGGUCUCCUCCUGAUUGUGGUAACAGCAUCUUGCUCAGAAACUGUACCCCAGGAGGACUUCCAGAAGACCUGCCCUGUGAUUGCCUGUGGCUCUCCAGGCAUCAACGGCUUCCCAGGCAAAGAUGGUCGUGACGGCGCCAAGGGAGAAAAGGGAGAACCAGGUGAAGGGCUCAGAGGCUUGCAGGGCCCACCUGGAAAGAUGGGGCCUCCAGGAGUCCCAGGCCUCCAUGGGCCACCAGGAAUAGUGGGCCAAAAAGGAGACCGUGGAGACACACCAGACUGUGAUUGUCACCUGGCUGAUUCAGAAAGCGCAGCUCUAAGAUCAGAACUGGACCGUGUCAAAAUGUGGCUGACUUUCUCUCUGGGAAAAAAAGUUGGGGAGAAGUUGUUCUUGACCAAUGGUGAAAAGAUGACUUUUGAAGAAGUGAAGGCUCUGUGUGCCCAAUUCCAGGCCUCUGUGGCCACCCCCAGGAAUGCUAAAGAGAACAGUGUCAUCCAGAAGAUGGCCAAGGAAGGGGUCUACCUGGGCAUCACAGAUGAGAUACAAGAAGGCCAGUUUGUGGAUCAGGAAGGAAAAAGACUGGUCUACCAAAACUGGAAUGACAGUGAGCCCAACAAUGCUGACCCUGGGGAAGAUUGUGUGGAGCUCCAGACAAAUGGCAGGUGGAAUGAUAUCUCCUGCUCCUCCUCCCGUUUGGCAGUCUGUGAGUUCCCUGUGUGA